CUGGCAAUUAGGGUUUUCAGUGCUAUAAAAGCUCUUUUUCGCUCUUCUUUACAGUCUCCAAUUCUCGCUGCAGCUCCCAUCCCUAAGAAAACCCCGUAAAAAUCAACAGUGAGGUGCAGGGAAGGAGAAGAUGGCGACAGUUCCAGGACAGUUGAUUUGGGAGAUAGUGAAGAAGAACAAUUCUUUUUUGGUGAAGCAGUUUGGAAGAGGAACCGCUAGUGUUCAGUUCAGCAAAGAGCCCAACAAUCUCUACAAUCUGAACUCCUACAAACACUCUGGGCUGGCAAACAAGAAAACAGUAACCAUUCAAAGUGGGGGCAAAGAUCAGUCUGUGCUGCUAGCAACAACUAAGACCAAGAAGCAGAACAAGCCUUCAAGUUUGCUUCACAAGUCUGUCAUGAGAAAGGAGUUCCCCAGGAUGGCCAAGGCAGUCAAAAACCAGGUGUGGUAUUGCUUGCAUUCAAAUUCAAAUUUUUUGAAAGUUUUAUCUUGCGGUGAUGAAGCAAUAACAGCUUGUCCCCUACUGUUUUACCUUUUCUCCCCACCUUCCCUCCGUUUUUCCAACUUGCUCUUGGCUGCUAUUAUAUUCUCAAUUAUAUUAAUGUGGCAGACAACUACUACAGGCCAGAUUUAACGAAAGCAGCCCUUGCAAGGUUGAGUGCUGUGAACAGGAGUCUGAAGGUUGCCAAGUCUGGUGUCAAGAAGAGGAACAGACAAGCUUUGAAGAUCCGAGGAAGGAAGUGAAGUAGGGGUUUAAGUUGUUUUGUGCUGUGAUUUCAUUGUUCCAGACACUUUUUUACCUCUUUUUGAAGUCUUAUUUUGGUUCAUGGUUUUAGCUGGGUGGUGGAUUUUAUGUCGAUUUUGAAACAAAAGAGAAUCAUGGUCCUUGAUGGUAUGUUUUCCGGAUUAUACUUGUGGUAAUUUUGAGCAUUUUGUCCCUUAAUGCAUUGAGAAAAACAUAGCAUUUGCUUCUGCAUGGGCAUGCUAUGUUUGUGUCA